CCUACGAGUGCCUCAGCGAGGUGGGCGAGCGUGGCCUGGCCGAGUUCCGAGACCUUAACCCAAAUGUAAGUGUAUUUCAGAGAAAAUUUGUGAAUGAAGUAAAGAAGUGUGAAGAAAUGGAAAGAAUACUUGGGUAUUUAGUACAAGAAAUUAAAAAAGCGGAUAUUCCACUUCCUGAAGGAGAUGUUGCUCCUCCUGCCCCCUUGCUGAAACACAUUUUAGAAAUCCAGGAACAGUUGCAGAAACUGGAGACAGAAUUAAGGGAAGUAACUAAAAACAAAGAAAAGUUGAGGAAAAACCUGCUUGAACUGACAGAAUACACAUGCAUGUUAGAGGUCACGCAGAGAUUUGUCAGGAGAACAGCUGAGUAUGAAUCCCAUUUACAUGCAAAUUAUGAAGAAUUUCCAUCUGUGGAAAACAAGCCAUUAGUGGAUUACAACUGUAUGCACAGACUGGGUGCCAAGCUGGGGUUCAUAUCUGGGUUAGUUCACAUAGCAAAAGUGGAAGCAUUUGAAAAAAUGCUGUGGAGAGUCUGUAAAGGAUAUACUAUUCUUACCUAUGCAGAGUUGGAUGAAUGUCUGGAAGAUCCAGAUACAGGCGAAACCACAAAAUGGUUUGUUUUUUUAGUGUCCUAUUGGGGUGAACAAAUUGGCCAGAAAGUUAAGAAGAUUUGUGAUUGCUAUCACUGUCAUGUGUAUCCCUAUCCAAACACCAUGGAGGAGCGCAAGGCAGUUGUUGAAGGACUAAAUGUUCGUAUUCAGGAUCUUCAUACUGUGCUGCAUAAAACUGAGGAUUACUUAUGCCAAGUCUUGUGUAAAGCAUCUGAAUCCAUCUAUACGUGGGUUAUCCAAGUGAAAAAGAUGAAAGCCAUUUAUCAUGUACUCAACCUGUGCAGUUUUGAUGUCACAAAUAAAUGUUUAAUCGCUGAGGUUUGGUGUCCGGUGGCUGAUCUGCAAAAUUUGCGCCAUGCGUUGGAGGAAGGUUCAAGGAAGAGUGGAGCUACAAUUUCUUCAUUCAUGAAUACCAUCCCAACAACACAACCUCCUCCAACUUUGAUACGUACCAAUAAAUUCACCUCAGGGUUCCAAAACAUUGUUGAUGCUUAUGGAGUUGGAAACUAUGGAGAAGUUAAUCCAGCUCUCUAUACCAUCAUCACUUUUCCUUUCUUGUUUGCGGUUAUGUUUGGAGACUUUGGGCAUGGUCUACUAAUGUUCAUAUUUGCACUCCUGACAAUACUAUAUGAAAACCACCCUAGAUUACAAAGAUCACAAGAUGAGAUAAUGAAAAUGCUAUUUGAAGGCCGAUAUGUUAUUUUAUUAAUGGGUCUGUUUUCUGUAUACACUGGAUUGAUCUAUAAUGACUGUUUUUCAAAGUCAUUAAAUAUAUUUGGUUCUGGAUGGAAUGUUUCAGCAAUGUUUGAACAGAAGGUUUGGCGUCUUGAGGAUCUCAAGUCUAAUCAAUUUUUAACACUGGAUCCAAAUGUUACUGGUGUGUACAAUGGAGCUUAUCCCUUUGGAAUUGAUCCGAUCUGGAAUUUGGCAAGCAACCGUCUCAGUUUUUUAAAUUCUUUCAAAAUGAAAAUGUCUGUGAUUUUUGGAGUAACUCACAUGACGUUUGGAGUUGUAUUGGGGGUAUUUAACCACUUGCAUUUCAAGAAGAAGUAUAAUAUUUAUUUGGUUUUUCUUCCUGAACUUUUAUUCAUGAUGUGCAUCUUUGGCUACCUUGUGUUUAUGAUCUUCUUUAAAUGGUUAGCGUAUUCUGCAGAGGACUCUACAUCUGCUCCUAGUAUUCUGAUUCAAUUUAUUAACAUGUUCCUGUUUCCUGGUGGUGAAACAGAGGUCUUCUACACCGGACAGGUUGCGCUACAGAGGUUUUUACUUAGUAUUGCUUUUCUUUCUGUUCCUGUAAUGCUUUUUGGUAAACCACUUUAUUUAUAUUGGUUGCACAGUGGAGGCCGAGGCAUUAGAAUGUACAGGAGUGGCUACAAGCUAAUUCGAAAAGAAAGUGAAGAAGAACUUUCUCUGCUAAGAUCUCAUGAUGUAGAAGAAGGCAGCAGUCAUUCAGACAGUGGGCACAGAGAGGGGGACGGAGAGGAGCUUAAUUUUGCAGACGUUUUUAUGAAUCAGGCAAUUCAUACCAUUGAAUACUGUCUAGGAUGUAUUUCUAAUACAGCCUCGUAUCUGAGACUCUGGGCAUUAAGUCUUGCUCAUGCACUGAGGAGCUUUCCCCUACGUGCUGUUCCGCAAAGCGAGUUGUGUGCAGCCCCUCACUUGUGGUGACGUUGAUGGGUAAAAGCCUCAGAAAAAGUCUCGCACUGUCUGGAUGAGGACUCAAAUAAAAGAAUCCAACUGCCUACGAGCAAUUUUUCUCCCGGGUUCUGUUUUUACAGUGUGGUCCCGUGCAGAGUUUCUACUCCUAGGAGUAACUUUUGCACGGGGAAUGAAGAACGGGCCUCGAUUUGUGUUUGGCUGUAAGGACGUACAUACAGUGUUACUUACCUGAUGCUGUUGAACCAAAUUUUAUACUGAAUGAGAGGUGGAAAGGGGUCGUUUUGUAUUAUUUUUUGUAUAGUGUGAAAAUGGGGAUAUUACCAGAAUUUUUUAACAUCUGUGCCAUAAGAACAGCAUAAGUUAAAUUUUGCACUUGUUUCAUACUAAUUCCGAAUAAUAAAACCUCGUUUGCGCUGUU